GCCGUCCCAGUUCCGUUACAUGUCUCGCCCGGUGAAGAGCGGGGGAGCGGCAGGAAGGAGGCGGGGGCGGCCGCUCCGGGCUCAGGACACCCUGCGCGCCGCCGGGCCGGGGCAGGAGCGGGCGGCGGCGGCCCGGCGGAGCCGGGGGGAGGAGCGGGGAGCCCCGGAGGGCCGGGCUGGGCUGGGCUGGGCACAGCCUUCAGGCGCUGCGCCGCCGGCCGCGCCGCCCCCCGCGGGGCUGAGGAGGAGCCGGCGGCCGCCGGGGCCGUUGGGGAGUCCGGGGAAGCCGCCGCGGGCCGAGCAGCCGAGCGCAGCUGAGUUUGGCAGCAGAGCUGACAGCUGUGCCUGGAGCCUGCCCUAACCCUGCUGCAUAGACAGAGCCCUCUGCCCAUCUGCACCUGCAGCUGCUGAGCCAUCUCCAGCAGCGCUGCAAGGAUGACCUGAGGCAUCUGCACUCAUGGCUGGUGGGUGACCUGGUGAACCAUGGAGCUCAAGGUAUGGGUGGAUGGAGUCCAGAGGAUCGUCUGCGGGGUCACGGAAGUCACGACAUGCCAGGAGGUGGUGAUAGCUCUGGCUCAGGCCAUUGGCCGCACCGGGCGCUACGCGCUGAUCGAGAAGUGGCGGGACAGCGAGCGGCACCUGGCGCCCAGCGAGAACCCCAUCGUGUCGCUCAACAAGUGGGGCCAGUACGCCAGCGACGUGCAGCUGAUCCUGCGCCGCACCGGGCCGUCCCUCAGCGAGCGGCCCACCUCGGACGGCGGCGCCCGCGUCCCCGAGCGCUCGCUGUACCGGCAGAGCCUGCCGCCCCUGGCCAAGCUGCGGCCCCCCGCCGACAAGGCCAUCAAGCGGCGGGAGCCCAAGCGCAAGUCCCUCACCUUCACCGGCGGCGCCAAGGGCCUGAUGGACAUCUUCGGGAAGGGCAGGGAGGCCGAGCUCAAGCACAAGGCGCUGGGCGGCUGCAGGGCCACGGCGGAUGAGCUGAGGAAGCUGAUCCAGCUGCAGGGCGAGCGGCUGCAGGGCAUCGAGAGGCAGCUGGAGUCCAACGAGGCCGAGAUCCGCUACUGGGAGCAGAAGUACAGCGCCAGCCUGGAGGAGGAGAUCCUCAAGCUGGAGCAGGAGGUCAAAAGGAACGAAGUGGAGAUUGAGGAGGAAGAGUUCUGGGAGAACGAGCUGCAGAUCGAGCAGGAGAACGAGAAGCAGCUGAAGGAGCAGCUGCAGGAGCUGAGGCAGAGGAUCCUGGACUGCGAGAGCAAGCUGAAGGACUACCUGUCGCAGAUCCACAGCAUGGAGAGCGGCCUGGAGGCAGAGAAGCUGCAGCGGGAGGUGCAGGAGUCCCAGGUGAACGAGGAGGAGGUGAAGGAGAAGAUCGAGAAGGUGAAGGGCGAAAUUGACGUGCAGGGCCAGCAGAGCCUGAGGCUGGAGAACGGCAUCAAAGCUGUGGAGAGGUCUCUGGGCCAAGCUACCAAGCGGCUGCAGGACAGGGAGCAGGAGCUGGAGCAGCUGACGAAGGAGCUGCGCCAGGUCAACCUGCAGCAGUUCAUCCAGCAGACGGGAACCAAGGUGACAGUGCUGCCAGCAGACCCUGUGGAGGUGGAGGCCCCACACGUGGAGCUCAAGAGAGAGCCCCCGUUCCAGUCGGGCUCGCUGCGGCGGCCGGGCUCCUCGCGGCAGCUGCCCAGCAACCUGCGCCUGCUGCAGAGCCCCCUGGCCUCCGGCUUCAACCCCGAGGGCAUCUACGUAUGACAGCGCCGGCCCCGCGCCGCGGCCGCCCGGGCAGGACGCUGCUGGUCACUCUGCCAACCACCAGUGGAAGAAGAGCUUCUCUUCUGUUCAGCCACCACUUCUGUUUGCAGUUUUCUCUUCUUCCUCCACCGCACCACUUGGAGCCAUACCCUGUGCACUGAUGCUGAAGAGACAGAGGAGCUGUCU